GAUCAGACAGCUGGACGGCAGCUGAGAGACGCCAGUUCAACAAAGGCAUCGCUGCGUACAAGAAGGACUUCUUCAUGGUGCAGAAACAGGUGACCACUAAGUCAGUGGCGCAGUGUGUGGAGUUUUACUACACGUACAAGAAACACGUCAAGAUCGGCCGCAACGGGACGCUGAUCUACGGUGAGGCGGAGCCUGUUGAGAGCAAGACCAUCGAGGAGGAGACGGACCACAAGGGCUCUCACAGAUUGGAGCCACAGAGGGAGGAGGACAGCAGGAAGUGGGAGGGGUCAGCUGACAGGAAACCGGACGUCGGCCCCACCAGAGUGACACACACGCUGCCGUCCGCAGAGAAUGUGAGUGUGAAAUUAAUUAUCAGCUCUGCAUGGGAAAAGGAAGGGAAAUAGAAGGUGAUAAGGAGAUGAAUGGACAUCCUACAUAAAGAAGCUUUUUCCAACAAAGGAAGUGAUAUCAUUUAGUAAAUCAUAAAAUCGCUGUUUUGUACUUUCCAGAAUUAACAAAUUUUAAUUGUGUAACAGCCAUCAUGGGAAGAGAUGUCCAUUUAUAUCAGUUUUACGUUGGUUGUUUUUAUCUGUGCUCAGUGCUUUUUAUCUUUGCUUUUUGUAUUUACGAGGCUGAACAGUCAGUUGAGAUAUUAUCCACAUUGCAGUGUGGCCAAGUACAAUAUCCAAGUCAUGCCAGUUAAAGUUAACAUUGUGGUGCUACAGAGAUGCUCGUGCUCACGAAUAAUAGUCCAGAUGUAAGGAAAGAUCCUUGUUUGGUACAGAC